AUGAAGAGAUCACUUGGCAGCUCUGAUUCCCUUGGUGCUUUGAUGUCCAUCUGUCCAGCGACAGAAGAGCACAGUCCAAGGAACAACACCCAUGUCUAUAGUAGGGAAUUCCAGUCCAUGUUGGAUGGCUUAGAUGAAGAAGGUUGUGUGGAAGAAUCAGGAGGUCAUGUUACCGAGAAGAAAAGGCGAUUAAGUGUAGAUCAAGUCAAGGCCUUGGAGAAAAACUUCGAGGUCGAAAACAAACUUGAACCUGAGAGAAAAGUUAAGUUGGCCCAAGAACUUGGCUUGCAACCAAGACAAGUUGCAGUUUGGUUCCAAAACCGCCGUGCCCGGUGGAAAACCAAGCAAUUGGAGAGAGAUUAUGGCGUUCUUAAAACCAGUUAUGAUUCUCUCAAGCUUAAUUUCGAUGCCCUCCAACAUGACAACGAAGCUCUACUCAAAGAGAUAAGGGAACUGAAAUCAAAGCUGAACGAGGAGAAUACAGAGAGCAACGUUUCUGUCAAAGAGGAGAUAAUUUUGCCUGAAUCAGAAGACAAAGUGACUGAAGAAGAAACACCUCCACUCCUUGAUUCUGUUGCUGCAUCAGAAACGAAAGAGCUGAAUUUUGAGAACUUCAACAAUAGCAGCAGUAUUAAUAUCGGACUAGGAGCCUCUCUUUUCUCGGACUUCAAAGAUGGGUCAUCGGACAGUGACUCAAGUGCAAUCCUGAAUGAAGAUAACAGUCCUUCAUCUGGGAUUCUCCAAAGCCAGCUAAUGUUGUCCCCACCACCAUCUUCAUCACUCAAAUUCAACUGCUCCACCACAUCUUCUUCGCCAUCAUCAAUGAAUUGCUUUCAGUUCUCCAAAACAUAUCAAACUCAGUUUGUGAAGUUGGAAGAGCACAAUUUCUUUAGCAGUGACGAGGCUUGCAAUCUCUUCUCUGACGAGCAACCUCCAACUCUUCCUUGGUACAGUUCUGAUCAAUGGAAUUAG